AGUUAAAGAAUCCUCACACUGCUGGAAAAAGAAGUUUUGCUUUAGUACGCUCUAAGUUGGUGUGUAACUAGCAAAUAAUGGCAAAAAAUUUCUCAAUUUCUGCUCUUGUUUAGUACAUGGUAGAUCACCACGAAUGCUAACUCACUUUCAUGUAACUAUGUAACUAGGAAAACGAGAAGAAAACUUCGGAUCCUUUAUCGGCAAAAGAAGUCUUUGUAGCUACAAGAAAAAGGAAAACUGGGCGAUCAUACAAGUGCUCGGAUGAUGAUACAACUAGUAAAAUUGCUGAAAUGGUAGCAAUUGAAGCCCAACAAAAUAAAAAUGGCAAUGAGUCCGUUGAUGCAUUUGCAUCUGUCGUGGGGCCUGAACAUCCGGGACGUCUAAGAUUGUAUGGACGAGGGGUUACAAGAACUUCUUUGAGAGGGAAGGUAGGAUGUUUUGAAUAUUCUCCAAAUACUACAAAUUCUCUACAAAAAAUGGAGGAGAAGAUACAAAGGAUGGAGGAGAAAAUUGAGGAACAAAAGGCAACUAUCCGUCAAGAAGUUGUUGCAGAUGUCCUUGCACGACUUCAGCUUUCAGGAAUUGAUAUUGAUGCUAAUAUUAUUCUAGCGGCAUUGGGUGAUAAUUCUCCUGGAGAAGCUUCUUCUGCACAGCGAGCAACUUUGCAACCAAUUCGUCGUCCAUCUACUGAUAGCAACAAAGAAGGCCAACUCAUUCGAGGUAUUAAUAUUGCUUAUUUUUUAGCUUAUUCGGUUUAGAAUUAUACUUGUUGAUGCCAAGAACUAUAGCUGUGAUAUAUAUUACGGUUUAAUUUAAUCA